AUGGCAAAUUUGGCAGCCCUCGAAUACAUCUCACCCGAUUCAAACACACCCAUUACAUUACAUCCGAAUUUUAACCCCAAAAUCAAAGAUCAUGUCCCACCCGAGCCUAUUCGCAAACCAGUCACCCCGCCUCGAGAUCGGGCCGAAUUUGCAGACCCCCAGAAGAAGGCAUUAUUUGCAGUAGCGAAACGUGUGGACCUUACCGAGUCGAUUGGCACUCUUUUGGAGAAUGUGCAACUAUCACGACUGAACGGACAGCAGCUGGAUGAGUUGGCGCUAUUAGUUAACGAGAGAGGUGUAGUUUUCUUCCAGGGGCAGGAUUUGACGACCGAAGAGCAGGUGAAGCUAUUCGAACAUUAUGGGAUUUUGGACAAACAUCCUGCACAAAAGGAUCAAAAGUUUGUGACUAUCCAGGGUAGUCGCGAAGACCAUCGUGAAAUCCUGAAGUAUACUCCAUGGCCGAGCGGUGACUUUCAUGCCGAUACGUCCUUUGAGAUAAACCCUCCAUCAUAUUCUUUGCUCAGAAUGGAGGAGCACCCUGCUGUGGGAGGUGAUACGGCUUGGGUCUCUCAAUAUGGGCUCUAUGAUGCACUCAGCAAACCCUACCAGAAGUUCCUUGACGAGCUGCAUGCCGUACAUACAUCAAGAUUGCAGUACGAUACGAUUCUGGAUCUCUGGGAUGCCGGUCCCAAUCGUCCUCCCAUAGAUACUCAUCAUCCCGCUGUCCGAACCCAUCCCGUUACGAAGCUGAAGGCACUUAAUGUCAACCCGGGGUUUGUGACUGGAUUCGCAGAGUUGAAAAAGCUUGAAUCCGACAAGAUCCUUGAUUUUCUGACAUACCACAUUCAUUCUGCUGACGACCAUUACGUUCGAUGGAAAUGGACUGUAGGAGGUGUUGCAAUGUGGGAUAAUCGCUGUACACUUCACCGUGUUAUCCCUGGUACCUAUAAGGGAACGAGACGAGGAAUCCGAACUACAGUGUUUGGCGAGAAGCUGAGAGUCGUGAACAGCGCAGACAGCGAGAAGAAAGUCUGGAUUUGA